UUCCCUAAUAUUGACUCCAAUUCUACACGCCAAUUCGUUUAAUUAGCAUUCGCAAACGCCAUUAAACCGCCAAUCCAUUUCCAAAUUUCCCCCUUUUUCUCAAUCGGAGAUCUAUCUCUUCCGCCCUUCUCCGAUCCCAAUUUUCCUCUCUAAACCCAUUUCUUCUUCCUGAUCAUUAAACCCUAAUUCCCUUUUUUCAAUCUCUUCUUCUGGGAUUUGAUUGUUUUGCAGGCGUUUCUGAUUUGCAGAAGAAGUAGUGUGUUUAUUCUAAGUGGGAACAACUAUGGGUACCCACGAGAAGAACGACAGUAAGGGCGGCUUCUUUGCUGCCAUGACUUCUGGAAUCUCCAAGCUUAGCAAUGCCAUGCACCGAUCUGUCAAUGGGUUUCUUGGUUAUGAAGGGGUAGAAGUUAUAAAUCCUGAAGGAGGUAAAGAAGAUGCAGAAGAGGAAGCUCACAAAGGAAGAUGGAAACAAGAGGAUCGUGAAAGUUACUGGAAGAUGAUGCACAAGUAUAUUGGUUCGGAUGUCACAUCAAUGGUCACUCUUCCUGUAAUCAUUUUUGAACCUAUGACAAUGCUUCAGAAAAUGGCCGAGUUAAUGGAAUACUCCCACUUGUUGGAUCUGGCGGAUGAAUGUGAGGAUCCUUAUAUGCGGUUAGUGUAUGCGUCAUCAUGGGCUAUAUCAGUGUAUUAUGCUUUUCAAAGGACUUGGAAGCCUUUUAAUCCUAUCCUUGGAGAGACUUAUGAAUUUACUAAUCAUAAUGGGGUCUCAUUUCUUUCAGAGCAGGUGAGCCAUCAUCCCCCAAUGAGUGCCGGGCAUGCCGAAAACGAGCACUUUAUUUAUGAUGUAACUUCUAAGUUGAAAACUAAGUUUUUAGGGAACUCGUUGGAUGUCUAUCCCGUGGGAAGAACACGGGUGACUUUAAAACGAGAUGGUGUGGUAUUAGAGUUGGUGCCACCGCUCACUAAAGUUAACAACUUGAUAUUUGGAAGGACAUGGGUUGAUUCACCGGGAGAGAUGAUAAUGACCAAUUUAACAACGGGUGAUAAAGUUGUGCUAUAUUUUCAACCAUGCGGAUGGUUUGGUGCUGGUCGUUACGAAGUGGACGGUUAUGUUUAUAAUACGGCGGAGGAACCUAAAAUCUUGAUGACAGGGAAAUGGAAUGAAUCCAUGAGUUACCAACCUUGUGAUAUGGAAGGGGAGCCUCUUCCGAACACUGAACUGAAAGAGGUUUGGCACGUGGCUAAAACACCCGAAAACGACAAAUUUCAGUAUACACAUUUUGCACAUAAGAUCAAUAGUUUCGAUACCGCCCCUAAGAAGUUGUUGGCAUCGGACUCCCGGUUGCGCCCUGAUAGGUACGCUUUAGAGAAGGGCGAUCUAUCGAAAGCAGGGUCGGAAAAGAGCAGUUUGGAAGAGAGGCAAAGAGCUGAAAAGCGAACUCGAGAGGCAAAAGGACAGAGUUUCGUGCCGAGAUGGUUUGAUCUAACCGAAGAGGUUACAUCAACUCCGUGGGGCGACUUGGAAAUUUACCAAUACAACGGUUUAUACGCCAAACAUCGAGCUGACAUCGAUAGUUCUGGUUCAAGCAGCAACGACGAGGUUGACGUUAAAUCGAUCGAAUUCAACCCGUGGCAAUACGGAAACUUGUGAACACAGUAAGGGCUGUCCUCUAUGUGUUAUUCACUUGGAUUCUUCAGUUUAGUUGGUAAGAUUUUUCAGGCAUUUGAUAUCAUAGUCGUCUGUUGAUUGUUUAUAUACAUAGAGCUCUUACAUUUUGUAACUUUGUUAUCAAUCUUUGCAAUCCUACAACUUUCUACCAAUGUUUUGUUGUUGGUGUUAUAACUCAUAAUUUAUGUGCUUUGGCUUUAGAAUGA